AUGGCUGAUAACGGUCCUCCCACGACCUCGGGUCAGCUGCCUCCUCCGCCGCAGCCCAACGCUGGAGCUCCCGGUUACGAGAACGGCCAGAACGCUCCUUCGAACCCCGCCCAUAUUCCUCCCCCGCCGCUUCACAUCCCGCAAAACACCAAUCCCAUCCCGACUGCGAUCACCUCCCCCAUGGGUGGCGGCGACAAGAGUGGCAUCAUGUCUCCUAGCAGCGGCGGCCCCUUCGCGCGUCGCGCUGCCCCCGAGCCGAACAAGCGCGCUCUGUAUGUUGGAGGAUUGGAUCCCCGCGUCACUGAGGAUGUCCUGCGCCAAAUUUUCGAGACCACUGGCCAUGUUCAGAAUGUCAAGAUCAUUCCUGACAAGAACGCCAAGGGCUACAACUACGGCUUCGUCGAGUACGACGACCCCGGCGCUGCCGAGCGCGCUAUGCAGACCUUGAACGGCCGUCGCGUUCAUCAGUCGGAAAUCCGCGUGAACUGGGCAUAUCAGUCCAACAACUCGAACAAAGAAGACACCUCGAACCAUUUCCACAUCUUCGUCGGCGAUCUCUCCAACGAGGUCAAUGACGAGGUCCUUCUUCAGGCAUUUUCUGCCUUUGGAUCUGUAUCCGAAGCUCGUGUCAUGUGGGAUAUGAAGACCGGACGCUCCCGCGGUUAUGGGUUCGUGGCUUUCCGCGAGCGCCCUGAUGCCGAGAAGGCUCUGAGCUCCAUGGAUGGCGAGUGGCUUGGGUCCCGUGCCAUUCGCUGCAAUUGGGCGAACCAGAAGGGCCAGCCGUCCAUCGCUCAGCAGCAGGCCAUGCAGCAGAUGGGAAUGACGCCCACCACUCCAUAUGGCCACCAUCAUUUCCCGACCCAUGGCGUCCACAGCUAUGACAUGAUUGUCAACCAGACUCCGGGCUGGCAGACCACCUGCUACGUGGGCAAUUUGACCCCGUACACGACCCAGAACGACCUUGUUCCUCUGUUCCAGAAUUUUGGUUUCGUGGUUGAGUCUCGCUUCCAGGCCGACCGUGGAUUUGCUUUCAUCAAGAUGGAUACCCACGAGAACGCUGCCAUGGCCAUCUGCCAACUGAACGGCUACAAUGUCAAUGGCCGCCCGCUGAAGUGCAGCUGGGGCAAGGACAAGACGCCGAAUCAUCAUCAUCAGCAGUUUGACCCCAACCAGCAGUAUAGCCCUCAAAGCGCGCAGACGCCUGGCUAUCCCGGUACUCCCUCUACGUAUUUCAACCAGUAUGGCGGCUCUUAUGGUCCGGGCCAGCAGGGUGGUUACGCCGGCCCUCAGGCUCAGUCGCCGGCGGGCUACGGCGCCCAGCCGAUGGGAUACAGUCCUGGACCCCCGAGUGCAGGCGGCUACGGCCGUGGCCAGCAGUCCAAUGCACAGUGGAACCAGCCCCCUCCUGGAGGCAAUUUCAACAACGGCUUCUCUGGAUACCAGGGCUAG